AUGGCUCCUCAAUGCAAGCACGAAUUCGCUGAAAACAACGUUGUGAUUGACGAAAUCAACGGCAACGCUUCCUCCACCAGCCUUUCUUCCACAGAACGCAGAAUUCGAUUUGCUUUGAACAUGGAAGAAAAGGUAAUUGUGGUUGAAUCUCACAAGGAUUACAGCCCAAUUGAGUUUGAAAAGUGCUUCUGGACUCCUCAAGAACAAGAAAAAAUGAGAACGGAGCAACUGAAAACCAUUGCCCGUAUGGAGAAGGGAAAGAAGGCCAAGAAGGAGGACUACCGAGGAUUGGAAUCCGGUGAAAUUGCACAAGCAUUUGAACAGAAGUUUCGCAAGUGUGUAACAGCUGUCAUGAAAGCACAAGCAGAGCAAGACAAGGUGUGCGCCGAUUCAUUGGCCGACGUCUCCAAAACAGUUACUGCUGAAUCUGCCAAGAAAGCCUUGAUGCUGGCCCAAAAAGACGCUCAAGAAGCAGAAAUCGCUUGGACUGAACCAAAGCAAAGACGAAAGAGCUUGCCGAAGCGAAUUCUUUCCAAGUUGUUGGUACGCAACAACUCGCGCCAACGAUGA